CGGGGGAGCGGCGGCACCGGGAUCCGCGUCCCGGCCGCGUCAGCAGCGCCCGAGGGGCGGGGCACGGCCGGUCCCGCUCCCACCUGGAGCCGCUGCGCCGGGAAGAGGAAGUGGGAGCUCGGGAGAAGCGGAAAUAGCAGCAGCAGGAGCCGCCGCCAGCCCGGGAAGCACCGCGGGGAGCUAGGGCAGCGGACGGCCGCAGGAGGAGGCGGCGGUGGUAGCCGGCGUGUGCCAGCAUGUGGAAGGCUACUGCAGGCCACACCAUUUCUGUCAGUCAGGAUGAUGGAGCUGAUGACUGGGAGACAGACCCCGAUUUUGUGAAUGAUGUGAGUGAGAAAGAACAGCGCUGGGGAGCUAAAACUGUGAAAGGAUCCGGCCACCAAGAGCACAUCAAUAUUCAUCAGCUGAGAGAGAACGUGUUCCAAGAACACCAGAACCUCAAAGAGAAGGAGCUUGAAACAGGACCAAAAGCUUCCCAUGGCUAUGGAGGGAAAUUCGGCGUUGAGCAGGAUCGCAUGGAUAAAUCAGCUGUUGGACAUGAAUAUCAGUCCAAGCUUUCUAAGCACUGCUCCCAAGUGGACUCGGUGAAAGGAUUUGGUGGCAAGUUUGGAGUGCAAACUGACAGAGUUGACCAGUCAGCCGUUGGGUUUGAAUAUCAAGGGAAAACUGAGAAGCAUGCCUCCCAAAAAGACUGCUCAAGUGGCUUUGGUGGAAAAUACAGAGUAAAGGCUGACAGAGUGGACAAGAGUGCAGUGGGCUUUGAUUACCAGAGCAAAAUUGAGAAGCACGAGUCACAGAAAGAUUAUUCCAAGGGCUUUGGUGGUAAAUACGGUGUCGACAAGGACAAAGUGGACAAAAGUGCUGUUGGCUUUGAGUAUCAAGGCAAAAUGGAAAAGCAUGAAUCACAGAAAGAUUAUGUGAAGGGGUUUGGAGGCAAGUUUGGAGUGCAGACAGACAGACAAGACAAGUGUGCACUUGGCUGGGAUCACCAGGAGAAAGUGCAGCUGCAUGAAUCCCAGAGAGACUAUAAGAGUGGUUUCGGAGGGAAAUUUGGUGUACAGAGAGAAAGGCAGGACCCAUCUGCUGUGGGGUUUGAUUACAAGGAGAAACUAGCCAAGCAUGAAUCCCAACAAGAUUACUCCAAAGGCUUUGGAGGGAAGUAUGGUGUCCAGAAAGAUCGGAUGGAUAAGAAUGCAGCAACUUUUGAAGAUAUAGAAAAGCCAGCAUCAACUUACCAGAAGACCAAACCAGUAGAAGCUGUUGCCAAUAAGACAGGCAUCAUCCGAGCUAACUUUGAAAACCUAGCCAAGGAGAAAGAGCAGGAGGACCGCAGGAAGGCAGAAGCUGAGAGGGCACAGAGAAUGGCCAGGGAGAAACAAGAACAGGAAGAGGCUCGCAGGAAACUGGAGGAACAAGCUAAAGCCAAAAAGCAAACUCCACCAUCAUCUCCUACCACACAGCCAGCUGAGCAGAAGGCACACUCAAGCCCAGUCUAUGAGGAUGCAGUUUCCUGUGAGGUGCAGGCUGCCUACAAGGACCCCAGCACAGCUGCACGUGAGCCUGAGCCAGGCUACAGAGCUGCAGAGCCAGAGUACCAAGAGGCAGUGAGUCAGCGGGAGGCAGAGUAUGAGCCAGAGACUGUCUAUGAGGUGGCAGGAGCAGCAGACCACUAUCAAGCAGAAGAAAACACCUAUGAUGAAUAUGAGAACGAGCUUGGGAUCACAGCCAUAGCCCUUUAUGAUUACCAAGCCGCGGGUGACGAUGAGAUCUCCUUUGACCCAGACGACAUCAUCACGAACAUCGAGAUGAUCGACGACGGCUGGUGGCGAGGCGUCUGCAAGGGCCGCUACGGGCUCUUCCCUGCCAACUACGUGGAGCUCCGGCAGUAGGGAUUCUUGGCUGCUGCUCAUGCCUUAAUGCCCAGUCAAUAAAUCUGACUUCAGACACUAUGAAUGGUGAUGCUUUUCUGAGGAUGGAGGAUGCAUCCAUACUGCUUUUAUACUUAAUACUUUGCUGAUGCUUUUUAAAACGUUUAUGCCACAGAAAUCGCUAAUAUAUUGUUAACUCCUCUGCUCAGGCUCCCGGGGUGAUCUCCAUGUGUUUGAAACCUUCCUUCUCUGCCAAAUUAGCAACUGUCAAAAACAGCCUUCCUGAGGACAGCCAGAUGGCUGUUGUAGUAGUGCAUGUGUGACUCCUAAGGGAGCAGGUUUCUGUACUGUUUCAGUCUAGGUAGUCUUCCACUAAGUGUUUUCAGUGGAGCAAGUCAUGGCUGUGCAGGCUGCAUUUCCACAGAGAGGCAGUGGGGAGGGCUGGGGAGUUGCAUCAUUUUUACUUUCCUUUUCUUGAAAAAACAAAGAAAAUGCUUGAAAGUUGCAGCUGUUGGCAGUGAAUCAAACACUGUCUGGUAUUUAUGGAAUAUUAGUGUUAGGAAGGAAACAGUCUGGUCACUUUUUCCUUCUUCAAAGGGAGGUCCCUUGGCUCUUGCAUUGAGAUGUUUUUUUUACUACUACUUUUUUCCUGCUCCUCCUGUCCAUGUUUUCCCAGAGGAGAGCUGCAAACACUCUAGCACUGAUUGUCCCAAAUGUCUUUUUGUUUCACCCAAGAAGCCUUGGAAAAGUUCCUAUACAAGUGUUGAGUUACUCAGCAAGGUUCCCACUUGUUCAGAGAAAAAAGUGGCAUCCGGAGCUGUGUGAUUACAGCAGGAACAGACUGCCUGCUUUAAAGUGGGGAAAGAGGGCAGCUGUGUCGGCGUGCAUUGCGCGAGGCACUUUGUGUAACCAUCUUUGAGUCAAGGAGUGUCAGUACAAGUCAUUGGGUGUACAGCUCAUGCACACGAUGGCUGUUUGUGCUCCCUACAGAAGACAACUGUGCCCUGCGUGUGCUCAGCAGAAACUGCCAGUAACCUCCUACUAAACUACAGAACUAAACCUGGGCUUUGCCAAAACUGAAAUUCUGGUUGUUCUAGAGAGCUGCACACUUAAGGUCCCUACCAAAGAGUUCAAGUUGCAUCUAACCCUGCAGGUGUUCAGUGUCUGUCCUGUCUGUUUCCACCUUCUGAUCCAAAUGGGAGCAGCAGAACCAGUGCAGGAGCUAUGAAAGAAUGCAAAGAAUGUUCAGCAACUGCAAGUGUGGAGCAACGGGACAGAGCAGGUCCAUGUGAAACAGCGACAUGUUUGGUGUGUCCAGGCAGAAGGCAUCACGCUGGACAGUUCCUGGAUGGUUGGGACAAUCCUUACUGAAUGUCCUGUCUGUGUCAUGACUCUGUCUGUUCUUCCUCUCCAUGGUCUCACGUCUGGUAUUUGCAUUACUAGGGUUGGGUUUUAUAUGCAGUUUAUUUUAUCCAGUUUUGCAUAGAACACUUCAUAGGGAUAUGAUUUUUGUAAAUUAAGUAUUCAAUAAACUUUUUGAACCAUU